UUUGGAAGGAAGCACAUCUCGAAAAAAAAAAUAAAAAAAAAAUCCGUAAAAUCGUUGUGAAAAAAGUAAAAAUGUCUGAUGUGAAAAUAAAAUUCGAUUGGGGCGACGCCAGUGUGGAUCAGCCCAUGCCACAGGCCUUCAAGGAGAAGGAGGUGGCCAAGGCCGGCUGCCACACCCCCCGGGUCUACCGCUUCAAGGACAUCUACGAGGGCAAGAGGAAGCAGCAGCUGAGCAAGUGCCUCGAGGCGGAGCGCAAGCAGCGCGAGUUCCACAGCCGUCCAGUGCCCAACUUUCCCCAGAUCCACGAGCGCCAGGCGGCCAAGCCCGUCGGCCACCGUGUCACCCAGCCGGUCCCCCCAACGUGCUCAAGAACUCUGAUCCGGCGGAGAUGAGGCGCCGCCAGCGGCUGGAGGAGCAGCGCCUCCGUAAGGAGCGUGAGGACUACCAGAAGCACCGCCAGUUGACCACGUUCCGGGCUAGUCCCAGCCCGUUCAGCACUACGCCACGUUAGUGGGGAGUGGCCUUCCUUUUUCCCGUCAUCCCUUUGCCCCUUUUUCAAUUUUGUUUUGUUUCUUUGUUUUUAAAUUGUUGUUCAAAUUUGUUUUGUUGUUCGAAGAAAUUAAAUUACUAUAAUCAGCACAGACGUACACCCAUGAGUGCAUGAGUGUGAAUGACUGCACAAUCAAUUUGUUCGGCAUACCCUUGGCGAGGGGUACACCACCAAAGGGUCGAAACGAAACGCACUACAACGAAAUCCACCUCGAAAGGGUAUCCCUCAGUUCGGUCUCCCAGGCGAGACCCAUUUUCUGAUUUAAAAUGGCUCGGGUCGGUGGCUCCAUCAAUCAAGUGGCCCCCGACCCAGCCCCAGGCCAAGCCACAGCCAAUCCACAGGGCAGGGCCACGCCCACGUGUGCCCGUAGAAACAAUUUGUUGUAAGUGUAUCAAUUGAUGCGCCCCCGAUGCACGUACGAGUGUGAGCUUUCCACGUGUGCCAGUGUGGAGGAGGAGUACGUCACAUCUGCGACUCUACCAAUCUGCCGUGGAAUUUGAUUUUGUGUUUGAUUUGGUUCGCUUUUCCUCUGGAUAAAUGUUGUUUUGAAUAUCCCUGUAUGUAAAUGAUGUGUAGGAAAGUGUGGCUUGUGGCCGAAAUAAUGUGAAAACUUCAUGAAUUGCAAA